AUGCUUGCUACAUUUUCAACUCCACAUAUGCAUCAACAAGCAUUUCAACAGCGUGCUUCGACUUCAAUGGAAGCUCCACCAGCCGAAUCCAGCCCUGUGAUAAAAUCAAUAGACCCUCAAGAUGAGUCACCUUUAAAAUUUGAUUUUGCUUCAACCCAACCUACACAAUCAAAACAAGCAUUUCGAUUUAAGGCUGCAACGAAUCGUCCAAUUGAUGAUAUACCUGAAGGCCCUGGUAGAAGAUUGAGAAAAAAUGUUGCGAAUGUCAGAAAACAUAUUGAUUAUGUUGCUAAUGUGCUUAACCACGUUGAGGACCGUUUAUGGCAACAUUCACGUUUUAACCGAACAGUUACUCAACCAGAUAUUCUCUAUCAAAAUUAUGUUCUUCCUCCUGCUUCAAUGCCAGAUAUUCCUGUUGAUUGUGUUUUAACUAAAUUUGUACGCUCUGCAAUGAAUAAAGUUAAAUGUCCAGUUUAUUCUCUUUGUUGGACGCCAGAAGGAAAACGUUUAAUUACUGGAGCUUCGUCUGGAGAAUUUACUUUGUGGAAUGGAACUGCUUUUAAUUUUGAAACUAUAUUACAGGUUUCUUUUUAAUAUUUCAUGUUUUUGAGGUUUGUUGACAUAAAGGGUUUUUAUUUUUUUGUGCCGGUUGUGGGAUUUAAUGAGAAUUGUAGGAUAACCCCGAUCCUCUACGAAAUACUUUUUGGGUGUAUCCUUUAAAAUUUUCGUGUCCAUAUAGUAUUGAGAUUUGGACGAAAAUCUUGA